AUGGCCUCCCCACCGGUCUUCUCCUUUGAGGGAAGCCACCACUCGUCGGAUGUGUCUCCGUCUGGGUCGGAUUUCCUCGAUGACUCCAGCGCCAGCCUCCUCCAGCGGCAGCAGUCGGCCGUAUCACUGCCGGACCCGGGGCCAUCGGGCGACCGGCGGAGUCCACUCCCCCCGCUGGCCUUGAGCGCGCGCCCGACGCGCAUUCCCACCCCCCCGCCUCUCGGGGUGCGCGGCCACCAGAGAUCCUCCUCCCAUCCCUUCCCCGGCCAGCCGGUGGCCUUCGACGCGGAUGGCAGCGACUCGGAAUAUGACGACCUAGCUGACGUCCUUUUAGAUGCCGCCCCCGACUCGGAGCCUCCUCCGGUGCCGGCGGCCUCGACGCCGGGGCAAUUCCUUCGGCCCUUCGCCGGGCAGGCCCCCUGGCGCCUGGCGCUGCCGGGGCACCAGCAAUCGGACGCCCUCUCUCGGGGGUAUAUCGCCGGGCGCCCGGGUGUCGGGGUUCCCCGGGCCACGGCCACCGCCGGGAAUGCCGGCUCCGGCGGUGCCCCACGCGCGCGCUUUGCCCUCCACUUCCUCGAGCGCGAGAUGAUGGGCCUGGCGCCGUUGGAGCAGCAGCAGCAGCACCACCACCUGACCGACAGCGAGCUCACCACCACCGGGGGCGGGCAUAGCUCGGCCUUCCCCUCGGACGCGGCAUCCGGCUCGGACUUUGACGAUGACCCGGAGUCCGGGCUCCGGGCCCCGGGCAUCGGGGGGCCCGCCGCCCCGGCUCCCCACCUGGCCAGCAGCCAGCCCGUGUCGGCGGUCUUCUUCACAGCGCAUUCAUACACCCUGAGUGACUCGCCGCACAGCCUCUACUCGGUGACGGUGCACCCGGCGGCCGGGCUCAGCUUGACAACUCCCUUCAAUACGCAGAGCUUGGCCCCAGCCCCGGCGACCACGCUCAACAAUCGCGGAACCGUCUAUGAUCCCUUUCUCUUCGACCUGGCCUCGGUGUCACUCAAGUCGGUGGCGCAACAAAUGUGCCUGCGCGACUCUGAAGUCUUUCGCCAGAUCACCCGCGAGGAGUUCCUACUCGGCAUUAAUGGUCGAGAGAAGCACCGCUGCGUGAAUCUCAUUCGCAUGACUGAUCACUUCAAUGAUCACCUCUCCCGUCGCCAUCGGAGCACCUUCGCCAAUAUGGAGAAGCUCAUGGCAACCGAUGACAACUUCCGUCGGUAUCGGCGGAAGCUGGAGUCCACUUCCACCCCAUCAAUCCCCUUUGUUGGGCUGAUUUUGACCGACCUGAUGCACCAGUCGGAGGCCAAUCGCCAGACGGUCGGGUCAACCCAGAUGGAGGAGACCCUGGAGCGCAUUGAGGGCUUGCAGUCCCUGUCCUGCCUGUAUGCGCACCGGUUCUCCAACCAUUCCGGGGCACAGUCCUUCCUUGGACAGCUGGCUCAGCUGGCCGAGUUCCGUUCGGCCAUGGAGACGGAAAACUUCCAAAUCUCGACACAGCGUGAGAGCAAGGAACAGAUCCGCAUCUUCCUGGACGGCGGAGACCCCUUCUCCAUGCUCCCGUCGCCGGUGGUGCAGAUGCCGCCGACGCCGUUGCAACAGCUGGCCAUGCAGUCGCUGGCCACCGGGCAGCCAGUAUCCCCCCUAGUACCCACUGGCACCGGGUCGUCCAACCCCGGCGGAGCCCAGCCGACACCGCAGCAGCAGCAGCAGCAGCAGCACCAGCAGCAGCACCAGCACCAGCAACAACAACAACAACAACAGCCGGCUGGUCCCCUCUCGCCGGAGGUGGGUCCACCCAUGACAGCUGCCGCGUCCACGGGGCCGACCGCGGCCACGGCGGCCACACUGGCUGCAGCCGCCGCGGCAGCAGCGGCAGCCCGGUCAGCAGGGCUCACAUCAGGGUCGCGUGCCGGCUUGGACGUCUCGUCUUCGGAGGACCGCCUGCCACCGGCCUCCCCCCGGCUGUCAGGGCGAAUGACGGAGCCGGAGAUCUUUGCCACGGCGCUGCAGCUCCCUGGGGUGGAUGUGUCCUCGGCCCUGUCGGAGGUUCCGGAGUCGGGGUGUGUGUCGGCGCAGGCGCCGGGCGACCAUCCCCCGGCUCUGGGGUCCGGGUCCGGGUCUGCCCAUGCCUCGCCAGUUCCCAUGGGGGGCAUCGGCAGUGGACUUCCCGCCAGCGGGCCGGCCUCGGAGUCGGACUCGGAUGUGUUUAUUCCGACCGAGCCGGCUCCAUCGCCAGGGAUGCGGCCCCGGUCGGCCCUGGCCACCGGGCCACCGCCAGCCCCCUCCUCGGGGCCAUCCACCCGGUCGGGCGCCUCGUCCUUGGCGACGUCACACAGUCCGCCGACAUCGGGUCCGGAUGUCGGCGGGCCCGGACUGCCACUGGCUCCAGCCGGUGCAUCAGCAUAUGCGCCCUCCGGCCGACACCGGGCAUAUCACCAUCGGCGAUCCGCCAGCUCCAUCAGCGCCAUCAAUGUGCCAACGUCAUUGCUGGCGCAGGAGCUCGGCGCCCCGCCGAUCUCCAGCAGCAUGUCUGUGCGGUCGGUGGGCGGGGGCUCCCGGAAUAGCCUGCUCGAUGAUGACUCGAUGUUUGGCUUGUCCCCGACGAUGGGCUAUCCGCCGGAGGUGCCCGCCUUCCUGGGGGCCGGGUUUUGCUGCUUCUGUGGCUGUGCCGCAUGUCAUGGUGGUGGCGCUGGCGCCGGCACCGGACCCGGGGCCCUGGUGGACUCGGUGUCCGAAGCCCCGACCGUCGGGUCGGCCACCGCCACCCCUGGGGCGCUUUUGCGCACGGCCUCCCCGAUGACACCAAUCUUCCCGGGGUGGUCCGGGCAGAUGAGCUCGCUGGACGAGGCUCUGCCCGGGGUGGGAGAUGGUGGCAGCGCACCGGCCGACGAGCCGCCGGCCACCCUGGGACCUGCCUCGCACCACCCUCCGGUCCCAUCAUCGGGCCAUCAGCACAAUCACCACCAUGCCCCGCAGCCGGGCCAUUUGCUCCCUGCACCGGCCAGCACCCCGGCAUCGCAAUCGCCCUCGAAUUUCUUCCAGCGUCUGAAGAAGACCGUUCGCACGGUGGGCAGCAGCCUCGGCAGCAGCCUCAACAUUCACCUCGGCGUCGGGGUGGGCCCUGGGACGGUGGAGGUCCCCUUGUGCCGGUGUCGAUGGGGCACGGGAUCCGAUCUCCCUGGGCCGAGCGUGCCGACGAUUGCGGUCCUCUCGCCCGGGUCCACCGGGUCCCCUGCUUCACAAGGGGGUGCCUUCUCGCCGGUUUCCUCCAUCUCGCCCAUGGGCGGCUCGACCACCACCCUGCCAGGGCGCUCGGGUGGCGGCGGGGCCGCGUCAACCAGCGCCGAGCAUCUCCACCCCUCUGGUGCGGUGGUGGGGCAUUUUGCCGCCGGCCAGCGUCGCGGGGCCAGCGGAUCGCCGGGCCCCGGGCCUGGGCCCGGCAUUUCCGGGGUCAGCGCCAGCGCCAGCAGCAGCAGCAUCGCCGGGCUUGGAGCCGGGGAUGGCCUUGUCGAUGGCCCGGGGCACCUGCCCAACUCCACCAGCUGGCCAUCGUCUCUGCACCAGACAGCGAGCCCGAUCAAUGGGGGGACGCCCAGCCGGCCGGCCAGUCGGAGUUCGCUGCUCGCCACCUCGACCGGGGGCGGGCCCAUGUCUCCCCCGGCGGGGGAUCUUGUCGGGGCGCCUCCCCUGGGGGGUGAUGCCCGCGAUCACCCCCUUCGGAGCCUGGCCAUCUUCCAUGCGGCCGAGGUGCCAGCCUCCGGGGAGGAUCCUUCCACGGCGGCCGCCGCCGGCACGCGCGUCAGCACGCCGGGGCUGGGGCCGGCGGCGGCGGCGGCGGCAGCGGCGGCGGCGGCCACCGGCUCCGAGGCCACCGGCUCCGAGGCCACCCUCGUGGCGGAGCCCUCCUCGGCGCGGUCUUCCCACUCGGAGCUUCUGCUGGCGGCCGGUGGGUCGGCCGAUUCGGCCGGGGCCUUUGGAGGGUCGGCAGUCGGCACCAACUCCGCCCUGACCCCGGCUGGCAGCCAUCCAAAUGUGGCGAUCCUGGGGCUGGCGACCACGCGGCUGUCCGAAUCAGAGGUGCCCGCUUUGACGGCCACCCCCCCUCGUGGAGCCCUGGCUCCUCCUCUUCAAAUUUCGCCGAGCCCCUCCUCGGCGUCGCUGUCCGCCAGCUCCAGCGGACUGCUGUUCGCACCGUCCCCCUCAUCCGGCUCGGGUGGCGGCGGCGGCGGCGGCGGCGGCGGCGGCGGCGGCAGCACCGGCGGCGGCGGCGGCAAGGCGACCGCAUCGCCGCGGCCGGGCUCCGCGCGCAUGGCCACCGGCACGCCGCUGGCCACGCCGGUGGGCUUCACUCCCGGCGGGGCGGCCACUCGUCGGGGCCCCAGCAUCGGCGGCGCCCUGGAGCCCGGGCUCGGGCAGCAGCACCAGCAGCUGGACACGUGCGGCCUGUGCGGCCUGCCGCUGCCCCUCUCGCGGGUGGUGUCGCUGGGCCAUGUCCGGGUCAAGUGGUCGCGGGUGCGCUUCUGGCAAAUGUCCCGCGAGGCAGGCACACAGACGCUAAGCGCCGGGGCCGAUGUUCGCGGGCUUUCGGAGCGCCGCUGGCGCGAGUGCGUCAUCUACCUGAUGGCCGGCGCACGGCUGCUAUUCUAUGUCCCGGGUGCUUCUGGGCAGGCGCUGCCUCGUGCGCGGACCGCCGGUGAACUUGCCCGGCACCCGACCCUGCCGCACACGGUCGUUUCGCUGUCACACGAAUCGGUGAUCCAUGUUCUGAUCCCACCCAAGGGUGGCGGCGGUAGUGCGGGAGCUUCGUCCGGGCGGUCUGGUGCUGGCACCCGGCGCCUUGGAACUGGCACUCCCUUUGCAGCCGACCAGGCAGCCGCCCCGGUUGGACUGUCCCCCUCGCGGGAGAGCCUAGUCCUGGAGCCUAGCCCAGGCAAUGGGGCUGGCGCCUCCAACGGCCAUGGGCGCAGCUCCUCGGCAUCAUCCUUCCAGGCGGCCUCUGCCGGGAUCGGCGGAGGCGGUAGUCCCCCCCUGUCGGGCCUCGGGCUGGAUGGCGGGCCUGCCGGGAGCGGGGGGGCCGAUCCCCGUGCGUCAUCGGCCUCCUCCUCCAGCUCGCUGGCUGACGAGGUGGCCGCAUCGCUGGUCAUGACCGCGUCACUGCGUCGCAAGCGCGAAAAGUAUGGCUACAUUGUCCGGGUCAACAGUCCUCCGGGCACGGAGUUCCUCAUCCGGUGCGGGCGGUCCUCGACCCACCAUCGCACCGGGGGCGGGGGCUUCUUCGGUCCGGCGGCCACCCUGGACUCGGAGUCCCUGCUCCGGUGCUUUGCCCUCCGCGCGCCGGGGAUCGGGGCUCGUGUGACGGGGCUCGAUCGCCACAGCACUGGCAUGAUUCGGUCGGCCAGCUUCUCCCUGUCGGACUUGGCGCAUGCCGGGCCGAUGGGCGGUGGCCCGCUGACCGCCAUCCCCGGCGGAGCUGGCGGUGGGGCUCCAUUUUCGGGGCACUUUUCGCUGGACUCGCCGCCGCCGGGGGUGCUGCGCAGCCGGCCCCUGUCUGGCGGAUUGCGCCCACUCGGAUCCGACGCCCCGGCCGGGGGGCAACAUCUGUCCGGGCUGAGCCUCCUCGAUACCGGGCUGGAUAGCAGCGAUGAGGACACCAUGGAAUACAUGCCUGGCGAUGUGCCCGUCGGCGGGGGCGCAGACUGGCCGAUGGCCGGGCCGCCAUCCUUGGCCGGGUCAACCAGCAUGCGUCCUCCGCGCGACCGGCACUCGGCCAGCGCCGGUGCCCUUCCCCAGCAGGUGGCCUGGGGAGGCCCGCCGCCGCCGCCAGGCGGCGCGGCCUCGGCGGCCGCUAUGGCUGCUGCCGCUGCGGCCGCCGCCUCACUCCCGCUACAGGGGAUGCGCUUUGUCCCGGAGGACCCCGGCUCUGGGGCCAUGUAUCUGGCGGAGGCACUGCGCACGGCCGUUCGUGCCCAUGGGGCCUGCACGGCUUCUGGCCUGACCACGCGCUGCCUGUGUGCCUGCUUGCAAUGCGGGUCCUUCGGCCAGCCGUCGGCCACAUCGACGGCGGUGCUGGCCGCGGUUCUGGACGCGGACUCCGGCCGGUCACCCUUGGGUGCAGGAGCGUCGGGCCUCUCGCCCUCGACACACCCUGGGGCCGGCGGGGUGGUGAGCCCCUCUCCAAGUGGGGCCGUUGCCACACCAAGUCGGUACUCCCUCCGGUGAGCGGGUGCCACCUGUCCCCCUCCUCCCCUGUGCAAUCCCCCCGCAAUCCCACCCGCGAGCGAACAGCCCACUCGCAUCCUGUCCUUGAGUUUUCCCCUCCUUCUCGACCCCAUCUCCCCACCCAUGGAUGGGUCUCCUAUCCUACCUCUGUCUCCCCCCUUUUCCCAUCCUCAUCCCCCCCCCCC